ACUGAAUCUGGUUGUGAACCAAACACACCUCAGCUGCUCUGUCCAAACGCACCCUGACUUCCGAGUUCCGACCCCCACUGCUUUGCUUGCUCUGCACUCCGCUAAUUCCUUCCGCGGCGAUCCCGAGCAAGAAACCCAGCAGCGCGGCGGAUCUCGCCGGGCGGCGGCCGCCACUAUGAUGAGCGGUAGCUCGCCUCCGCCGCCCUCGCUUCCUGCCGGGAGUGGAGGCUUCUUCAGGGGAUACACAAAGCUGUGCAAGGGCCUCGCCGUCAUAUUGCUCAUUGUGCACCUUGUAGUCCAGUUGUUUCCGUCCGCCGUCACCUAUCUCGCGCUUAUCCCUGGAAGAACGAUCCCUUUUGCUUGGAACCUGAUAACUGCAGGCUAUGUCGAGCAAACAAUUCCAGGGAUGGUUGUCAGCAUCAUUGGCCUUCUUUUAUUUGGGAAGUUGUUAGAACCUCUAUGGGGUUCAAAAGAGUUAUCAAAGUUCAUUUUUAUCGUCAACCUUUCAACUUCUGCUUGUGUUUUCAUGACUGCUAUUGUGCUGUACUAUAUAACUCAGCAAGAGAUCUACCUCUAUACUCCUUUUUCUGGAUUUUAUGGGGUUCUAUCAGGAUUGUUGGUGGGCAUUAAACAGCUUUUACCUGAUCAAGAGCUUAAUCUUUUUGUGCUAAAAAUUAAGGCAAAGUGGAUUCCAUCUCUUGUUGCAUUGAUAUCCAUUCUUGGAAGCAUCUUCAUAUACGACUUUAUGUCUUACCUCCCAGUUCUGUUGUUUGGCAUGUAUAUGAGUUGGAUCUACCUCCGUUACUUUCAAAAGAGACUUGAGACCAGCCUGAAAGGGGAUCCAAGUGAGGAGUUCUCUUUCUCAAGCUUCUUCCCUGAAUUUGUAAGACCAUUUCUCGACCCAAUAGCAUCUGUAUUCCAUAGGUUACUUUGUGGAAGAUCUGAUGCCAGGGGAGAAACAUUAGACACCUCACCAUUACCUGGUUCAGAUUCGUUUGAGGCAAACAGGAGGAGAGAGAGGGGUCAACGGGCACUGGAGCAAAGAUUAGCUGAGAAGCUGGCUGCAGUCAGGAGUUCAGAGGGCGGCACAUCACUGGAUGCCGCUGACAAAGUUUGAGUCUUCUAUGCAACGAACAACGAGCUGUGCGGUGCAGUUUGUGAUUUCCUGGCAAUUCGUUUCUAUGUGAUUUCACCAGCCCCAGCCUCACCGCCGAGUGCUUCAUUUUUUUUAUGGUUUCUCAUCCUAAUCAUCAUCGGGAACCAACUAAUGAAGCACUGCGCGCCCAUUUUCCCCAUGGUUUCUCUGUAAUCAACUAGAAGUGAUCAAGUACCAAGCAGUGUACAAUGCGAUGCUCCCUAGGACAAGAACUCAUCUAUGUUCGGUUUCCUGUUUUUUUUCUUCCAAAUGGUGCGGUUGAUACUUGAUAGUAGUUGACACUUGACAGGAACAAAAUUAUUUUUGUAACCUUUUAGAGCUCUGUGUUGGAUGGCAAAUUGACGGUGCUAACGGUC